AUUAAAUUCACUUCAGAGGAAAAACAAACAAAAAAUAAACAGAGCAAAACAGAACAAAGAACAAGCUAGCAGAGUGAUCAGUAGCAGCUCAAUGGACCUGGCUGUGGAGAGCAGCGAGUUUGUGAACAGAGUGUGGGUCCAGUGUGAGAAUGAAAGCUGCCUGAAGUGGAGGCUGCUGUCCCCUGAGGCUGCGGCCAGGGUGGAGCGCAGCGAGCCCUGGUACUGCUUCAUGAACGCUGAUGCCAGCUACAACAGCUGCUCAGUCUCUGAGGAGGAUUUCCCCGCAGAGUCUCGGUUCCUUGAAAGCGGGUAUAAGAUUGUCUAUUCACAGCUUCCUCUGGGAAGCCUGGUUUUGGUGAAAUUGCAGAACUGGCCAAGUUGGCCAGGAAUACUUUGUCCUGAUCCUUUCAGAGGGAAAUAUGUGACCUAUGACCAGGAUGGAAACGUUGACAAGUAUCACAUAGAAUUUCUGGGUGACCCCCACUCAACGGCAUGGAUAAGUGCAACGUUUGUGGGGCAUUUUAGUCUCUCGUUAAAGAUGGCAGAAUGUACAAAUAAAAAGAGGUGGUAUAGAAGUGCCCUUGAGGAGGCGUACCAACUCUACAGGUGUUCUCCUGAGCAAAGACUAGACGUGUGCUGCCUGUCCAAACGGGAUAGAACCAAAGCAGGUGCCAAAGCUGCUGUGGUGGCCAGGAAAAGGACGCAAGUUUCCAAAAAUAAUACUGAAAAGAAAAAUCCCAAGGUUAGAAAAAGGAAAAGGGAUACUGCUUUAAGAUGCUCUGUUGAAAAUGUUUGUUCUGAUGAAGCCUUAUCAAAUGAAAACAUGGUUGUCUCUGAGACAGAAGGUUUACUGAAAGAACUGGAGAAAAUGCUGCAGCAGGUUCAAGAGCCCACAGCAAGAGCCGAUGAACCAGGACAAGAACAGCUAUCUCGGUGCCACCUGGAAGCUCCCACAGACAGUCCGUUUCAGAGCCACCAGGAAGAGGACUGUAUGGUGACAGAUGGGACAGGAAUAAAAGCUGGAGAAUGUACGGAGAACAUUACUAACAAUUUUAAAAAGAUAGAUGCCCUAAUAUCUGAAUUUUAGGACAUUAAUCAGUUAUUUCCAAAAGUUAAUUAUAAAAACACUAGCAAUCUUUAUAUUUUCCUGUAAAACACUUAAAAAUUUUUAGUUAAAUAAGCAAACAAAAUAAACAUUUAUUAUAAAUUUAUCCUUUGUCCACAGCCUUGGGAGCCUAUCAAGUGACAUUUAAGUUAGGUGUUAGAAUUUUAUAUUUAAAAAUCCUGAUGUUUGUACUUGUAGAUAUUUUUGUUUGCUUUGAUUUUAGAAUCCUUUGUUAAACUUAUCUCAUUAACAGAUGCUGUACAAUAAGUAUUUAUGCCUUUCUUCAAAUGUGACUAUUAAAAUGGCUGCCCAUUCUGUUACCAGUCUCAGAGAGAACUGAAAUGUAACACAUGUAGAAUGUGGCUUUGUAGAUGUCUGGAUAUUUUAAGUUAUAAGAAAAUAUUUAAGAUAUAAUCAUAUAAUAAAAUUCUUAAAGGACAAA